CUCACACACACACUUCUCCCUGAAGAAUCGAAAACCUCUCUCCAUCCCCUCUUCUCUUCCUCCUCUCCCCGCGCGCGCUUCUCUCUAGGGUUUGUCGGAACUUCGCACUCUAAUUCUUCCCCGGCAGCUGCGAAUCUCAGCCGCCGGAGGCUUCAGGAGGCGCCGCCGACGGAUUCUGUAUCGGGCAGUACCGGUUUCUCAGCUCGCCGUGGUGGAUCGCCGCUCAAGUCUAUGUAAAGAGUGGUUGAAGACUUUGUGAUCACAUGGAGAGAAGUGAUUGUAAUAUGGAGGAGGGGGAGAAUCACCAAAGUAGCAAAGCUGAUCAUGUUGUUGUACAAAAGCGCAUGGAGUCUCCCAUUAAGAUUAACUCUAUAUAUAUAGAGCUCACUGCUCCUAAGGAGAAGAAUACUGCUGCAGAAAAGUGCCAUCAUUUUUCUAUCCGUGGUUAUGUAUCUAAAGUCCGAGAGGAAGACAUCAACAAGUGUUGGCCAUUUGAUUCAUCAGUUGAAACCAAUACUACAGAUAAUUGUGAGGAUGAUCAUCAAGUGCUUCCUCCUUUAGAUGAACGGCUAUUUAGAUACUGGCGUUGUGAGAACUGCUCUCAGAAAAUUGGGCCUGCUGAGAACAUACAGCAUUCUGCCGUUCUUCUUAAGCAUUCUAGUUCUGGGAAAAGAACUACUAGUUCUCCCAUACAAACAGCAGUAAUUGCUGCUCCAAUGCUAAUGUCGACACAGAAACCCUCGGGAUUAUAUGAUGUGGAAGGAUCGAGUGAAAAUGGUGCUGAGCAUUUGCAUGAUGCCUCGAAACAUGAUCCUUUGAGCACUCAUGAUACUGAGAAUAAGUUAAUGAAUUCCCCAGGAACAUCAAUUUCAGGAGAAACUGUUCGAUCAAAGCAUCAUAUGGAUGGGGAGACGGUUGUAACCGAAAUUCCUCUGAGCAAUAUGCAGAUUACUUUUCGUGCAGAUGACUCGACAGGCUGUGCGGAUCAUGAACUGGCUGCUGAUGAUCCCAGUAGGAACCUCGAUUCGAUGGUGAUCAAGGAUUCCGUCGGAACUUUUGAAACAGGAAAAGGAAACUCUAGGCAUGAAAAACACGCAGGCCUGAUAGUUCGUUUAAAAUCUGUGGCUUCUGGUCAAGUUGCUGAUGCAUGCACUAGAGAGAAAGAUGAUAAUGCUAGUGCUAAAGAUACCAUGGAAGCAGGUGAUGGCUCUUCUGAAAAUGCUGAGAAAACUGCAGUCAAGAAUGAUCAUGAUCUUCAGGCUUCUCGUCGUGAUCAUUCAAGUGGUCCUCGUCGUAGAAAAACUCGGAAGAUCCGAUUACUGACCGAUCUGUUGUGUGGGAAUGGAGUACACGGAAAUGCUGAUUCCCCCAAGGCUGCAGAUUCUCUUCCCUCCAUAAAUGUCGUUCCUUAUGCAUCUGUAGAAGUUGAUGAUAAACCUUCUGGUUCCCUGAAUGAUCAAGUGGAAAUGGAAGGAACUGGUUCUGCCAAAAAGACUUUGGUUCCAUACAAGAAGCGAAAAUUUCCUCGGGAUGAUCAGUGGAGCACCCCUGAGCCGAAUCCUUCUUCAAGUAAGGUGAGCAAAGCCAGGAUUUCGAAGAAAGCUGUUGAUCAUAUUCCCAAGAAGAACAAAGCUUUGACUUCGGACUUAGUCGCAGAUGUGCAAGACAAAAUGGUCAUAAAAAGUAGUAGAAAAGGCAAUUCUAGCAAAGUUAGAGGCGAAACUAGUGCUAUGACGGGUAAGAAGGUUUCAGACACUGAGGCUGGUUUCGAUUCUGAAUUAGUUGCAAAUGUGAGAAACAAAAUGGUCCAGCAAAGUAGUACAAAAAGCAACUCAAGCAAAUCAAGAGUUGAAAAAAGUGGUGUCAUGGGCAAGAAGAAAGAUAAACAUGUUGUGGUUGCUGAUGAGCAUCUGUCCUUGGCGCCAGCAUCUCUGGAAAAUUUUCCAACUGUAACCGAGCUUAGUAUUGGAGAUAAUGCUGGUGUGGUGGCCGAUGCCACUGGUCAUGCUGCACCAAAGCGCAUGGAGAAUCCAAAUGCCGCUAGAGAGAUAGAUCUUUUCCCUCUGCGUACUCAAGAGGUUGAUGGAAAAUCUAGUUCUGUUAUGAAUAAGCAAGCCAAGCCGGGUCAGUUUGGUGAAAAUCUCAGCAUGCUUCGAGAUGAUCUAGUAGCACAGGAAGCCGAGAGUACUAUGGAAACUAGGCCUAUGCAUGGCCAAGGUAACCAAGAUUUGUCCAGUGAAAGAGGGCUUAAUCUUUCUCUUGACAUUUACACAGCCACGCAUCAACCUGAAAGGCUGUAUAGUAGUGUCCAUGGCAGGCAGAGCUCUUUGUCCGGUGAGCAUAUCAGAAUGACCUCGAACGAUCGGGUUACGAGGAAAGAUGAUCAGACACAAUAUGUUGGAAUGUUUUCUUUGAGUCAUGGAUCUCAAAUGCCUACAUCUUUUGGUGGAGUACAAAGUGAUGUGAGAAGGAAGCAACCCAUGCAUGGACUUCCUUUCCUUGGUGUGGCGCAUAACUAUAGCUCCCAAGUCGAGGUGGGAGGUAUCCGUAUGCAGAAAAAGGACUUUGGCAGUACAAGUUCAAAUGAGAAGUCCAUUGGAAUUCAGGCACAUGCAGCUGGCAAAAGCAGGGAUAGUGACCUGAGAGCUGGUAGUAGAGCAUCUGAAGCUCCCGUUUCAGACGACAUCCCUAUGGAAAUUGUUGAACUCAUGGCAAAGAAUCAGUAUGAGAGGUGUCUUCCUGAUGCUCAAGCCGGUAGCAGCAGGGGUCAUCAGACAUUGGAUUUUGGUAACAGACAUGUUGUGGCUACGCACCCGUUUUAUCAGGAGGCUCUCAGAGAAAAGCUACUGACUCAAAAUGGAACAAAUGGAAUGAUUCAGUGGAGCGAGAAGCUAAGACCACCCGCCAAACAGAAGUCAGUUGUUCAGUUUCCUGAUCAACCCCGGUUCCUCAUAAACCAAGCAGAACAAAGUCGUCCCCCACCCUUGGGCUACGCAGAGUUCCUACAGCGCCAGAAUCCAUCAGGUGUGCCCCAAGAUUCUGCUUCUUCCGCAGGGAGGCAUAUUGGUGGUCAACACUUGCAAUGGUUACGCAACCUUUCAGCGAAGGGACCUCCGGUUCAGAAUAGUUCCCACAACACAAGGUCAUGGAGUGAAGAAGCAAAUCGCUCGUGGCCAACUAUGGCACCAAGUCAUCACUUACCUUUCAUGUUUAAUGACCCCAAGUUGAUGUCUCCUCCUCCUCCUCCUCCUCCAAGUAUCAUACGCAAGGCAACUCCAAACAUGGAUAAUGACAAUCAGAAUGCUACAAGCUUUCAGAGACAAGGUAAUAACAGCUUUGGUUCUGAAACACCAAGGAGGGGAUCACAUUUGGAGGCCUCACUUGCUCGUAGGAGUAACAACAACUUGAUAGAGCUUAAUCAGAAGCCAGUGGGGAACACAGACAUAUAUUCCAACGAGUCAAUUUCAGCUAUGCAUUUACUCAGCCUCAUGGAUGCAGGACGGAGAUCCAAUGGACAAGUGAAUCAGGAAAGCCCGUCUACCUCUCGUGAUCGACAUUAUUCAGAGAUGAGAACUCUGCCAUAUGAUUAUGACGGUGAAAACCAAUUCACAAGGGGUUUCCAGCAACAUGGUUCAGCAAAUUCCCAGAGAAUCGGUUCUUCUGCUUCCUUUCAAAUUGAUAGUAGAGGUUUCAAGAAGGCCAUCGAUUUCAGCAGCCAAGUUUCUCAAGAGACAAGGAGGAGAAAAGAAGACUUUGAUUCACUCGCAGAGAACAGGCAUGGUAGUAUCCCUCAGCAUUCUGGAUAUAGUCCAGUUCAUAUUAGAAAGAAGAUUCUUGGUUCUUCAGAUUCUUCUUCUAAGGUUCCCUUUCAAAUGCAAGAAGCAUCAAAGCUCCCAUCACCAAUGGUAUACAGAUUAGAGGCGGGUUCUAAGACUAACACAACUGGUCAGCCCCAGAAACGCAUCCUGGAGCUUCAAGAAACCUGCAGAAUAAACAGGAAUCCAGCUGAUUUUAGCUACCCAGGGCCUGGAAACCCUUACAUGAUAGGUCCAAAAGAUUUGAAAUUCCUGGAUGCAGAUGGAGGUGAGCAAAAGCGCCAGAAGAAGCUUGUUGCUAUAAGAGGACGUGGGAAACAUCAUCUGAACCUGUAGACAGGUUACUGAUAUUUUGAUGCUGAAAGGUGAAAGCUUUGAACCUUGUGGCUGGCUGCCUUUAGCAAAAUAAAGAACAAGGUACAUACAUGAGAAGAUUUUGAAAGGAGUUAUGAGAAAUGAACUGGACAAAUGAAGUAUCAUACUGGUUUUUUGCAUGAUCGAGGUCUUUUGAUUAAAGGUGACCAAGCAAUCAUUCCUUGGGGGUGGGAAGUAUCAGAAGAAUUUGUAUAUAAUCCCCACAAAGCAAAGGUCUUGACUUUAGGCAAAGUUUGUGGUUUUUGGAGUUUCUCUUCCUGAGAUUCUUUUACAAGUAUGGUGUGUGUGUGAGAGAGAGAGAACUGUAGUGUACCCUGCAGUGAGGUUUUUGGUUGAAAGAACCUCGCUUCGCUUCAUCUCUGGGAAAAAGGGACUUCAAUGAAGGCUUUGUGCUCAACCCCCUCUGAGCAGGAAACAGAGAGAAGAGGAUGGUGUUAUGUUUUGAUGUUGGAAAACAUUUAGAAGCUGACUUGUUUGAAGGAGCCAGCCAUACAGAACAAAAAAACAGCUGUAGAAUUUAGUCUUGAUGUUGUUGUUGAUGAAGAUGUAGUUGUAAUAGCAGCAGCAGCAGCAGCAGCCCAGUAGUAUGUUAUUAUGCUGUCAGAAAGGCGAAUAAGUUUGGAGGGAGUACUUUUAGUUGUAGCUAGCUAGCUAGCUGCUUGAAAAGCUUGUUAACAUCAGGUUAAUGAUGAUCUGAAUGAAUGUUUAAUUCAUCAUAGUGAACCUUUUGCUAUCACUUUGGUAUUCUUCUCUUGCUUGCUUCUUAUUUUCACUCCUUUUCCC